GGAAGAAGAGAAAGCGAAUUUAUGAGUUCUUUAAUCCCAGACAGGCAGCUCUGUGGCAGUUACCUUCAAGAAAAGUUCACGCCCCAAAGGAGUGUUUAGUCUUACAGAGCCACUGACUCACUGAGCAGCGUGUGCGAGUGGCUGCGAGGGAGAAGGGGAGAGAUGAAGGAAAAGUUUUGCUUCCUUGUGAAACUCGUAAUAUUAUUGUUUUAAGACGUUUUUGAAAUGAUGACUGCUACUUUUGUUUAAAGUAUUUGUUCUGGAAUUGCUGAAGCUGGAGUCUACCAGACUGAGGUCAGGAGCAUUUUCUUUGGCAGAAAGAAGAUACUUUUAUAGAAGCCAUGCCUGUGCUUGGGGUUGCCUCCAAGCUAAGACAGCCAGCCGUAGGGUCAAAGCCUGUUCACACUGCCCUCCCGAUACCCAAUCUUGGCCCCGCCGGCUCGCAGCAGUACUCACCAAAGUCUUUGGAGCUUACUGGGGCGGAGAGCUCGAUGCUUUCUUGUCAGCUUACGUUAAAAUCAACCUGUGAUUUUGGAGAGAGGAGAGCGCUUCAAGGAAAAACCCAGGAGAUCGAAGAUAGCAAGAUUUACACUGACUGGGCUAACCACUACCUAGCAAAAUCUGGCCACAAGCGGUUGAUCAAGGAUUUGCAACAGGACAUUGCAGAUGGAGUUCUGCUAGCAGAAAUCAUCCAGAUCAUUGCAAAUGAAAAGGUUGAAGAUAUCAAUGGCUGUCCCCGGAGCCAGUCUCAAAUGAUUGAGAAUGUUGAUGUCUGCCUUAGCUUUCUGGCAGCCAGAGGCGUAAAUGUCCAAGGUCUUUCUGCAGAAGAAAUAAGAAAUGGAAAUUUGAAAGCCAUUUUAGGGCUGUUUUUCAGUUUGUCUCGGUACAAACAGCAGCAACAUCAUCAGCAACAGUACUACCAGUCUUUGGUGGAACUACAACAGCAAGUCCCUUCACCUCCAGCUGAAAUCAGCCAGUCAAAAACACACCAAGAUAUGCAGUCGAGUCUCACAGCCAGAUAUGCAACUCAGUCUAAUCACAGUGGAAUUGCAACCAGUCAAAAAAAGACUUCUAGGCUUCCAGGACCCUCAAGGGUGCCAGCUGCAGGCAGCAGUACCAAAGUCCAGGGAGCUUCUAAUUUAAAUCGGAGAAGCCAGAGCUUUAACAGCAUUGACAAAAACAAGCCUCCACAAUAUGCAAACGGAAAUGAAAAAGAUUCACCAAAAGGCCCUCACCCAUCUGCAGGCAUGAAUGGAAAUGUGCAGCAUCCCACCAGCACCGGGCAGCAGCAGGUCUCUGCCAUACCCUCUCCAAGUGCCAGCAAGCCUUGGCGCAGCAAAUCCAUGAAUGUCAAACACAGCGCGACCUCUACCAUGCUGUCCGUGAAACAGCCUAGUCCUGCAACCUCCCCUACUCCAUCUUCAGACAGGCUCAAGCCACCCCCUUCUGAAGGCGUGAAGCCUCCUUCAUCUGGACAAAAAUCUAUGCUGGAAAAAUUCAAGCUGGUUAAUGCUAGGACUGCUCUGAGACCUCCUUUGUCACUGAGCUCAGGACCCAGUGACAGUGGGAGAGAGGAUGAUACCUUUUCAGAGUGUGGUGAAAUGGAUGUCUUAAGCGGUGGGGUGAACAGCGGCGGCUCCACAAGUAGCAGUCCUAAAGUAUCACCGAAGUUAACCCCUCCGAAAGCUGGAAGCAAAAAUCUCAGCAAUAAAAAGUCUUUGCUACAGCCAAAGGACAAAGAGGAAAAGAACAGGGACAAAAACAAAGUUUGCACUGAGAAAACAGUCAAGGAGGAGAAGGACCAGGUCACUGAAACAUCUACAAAGAAGAGCUCAAAAAUUGCAAGCUUAAUCCCAAAGGGAAGCAAGACGACAGCAGCCAAGAAGGAAAGUUUAAUACCGUCUUCUAGCGGGAUCCCGAAACCUGGAUCGAAGGUGCCAACAGCAAAGCAGAGCGCUUCUUCCGCAUGCACGGGAAGUAAGGAGGCUGAAAAACUGAGGACUACAAAAGGAAACCAGUCCCAAUCAACAUCAAAAUCUCAGCUUAGCGAGAAGGCUUCUCCUUCCUCUGGUCUUGCUUCUUCUGAAGGGAAAGAACCAAGUGCAGCUCUUACCCCAGGGUCCUCUGCGGCUCUGUCGGCCUCGAUGGCUGCAAGCAGCGGCCAAGGCACGGGAAAUGGUGUCGUCCAGCUUCCUCAGCAACAGCAAUACAGCCACCCCAACACUGCCACAGUAGCUCCUUUCAUUUAUAGAACUCUCUCAGAAAAUGACAGUACCUCUUUACCACUUGCUGACUCCUGCACCAGUCCUACUAAAAUGGAUUUGUCAUUCAGUAAGACUGCCAAACAGUGCCUAGAGGAGAUAUCUGGGGAAGACCCUGAAACAAGAAGAAUGAGAACUGUAAAGAAUAUAGCAGACCUGAGACAGAAUUUGGAAGAAACUAUGUCCAGCCUUAGAGGGACCCAAAUAAGCCACAGCACACUGGAGACAACUUUUGACAGCACUGUGACAACUGAGGUGAAUGGAAGAAGCAUACCAAGCUUGACAAGCCGGUCCACCCCAGUGACUUGGAGGCUAGGGCAGGCCAGUCCUCGGCUGCAGGCAGGAGAUGCCCCGUCCUUGGGCGCCGGUUAUCCUCGCAGCGGCACGAGUCGCUUCAUACACACAGACCCUUCUCGAUUCAUGUACACCACCCCGCUUCGUCGAGCAGCUGUUUCUCGCCUUGGAAAUAUCUCACAGAUUGACAUGACUGAGAAAGGAAGUGGUGAUUUGGACAUGUCCUCUGAAGUUGACGUUGGUGGCUACAUGAGCGAUGGGGACAUUCUUGGGAAAAGCCUCAGAACUGAUGACAUCAAUAGUGGGUACAUGACAGAUGGAGGACUCAACCUAUAUACAAGAAGUCUGAACCGAAUACCAGACCUAGCUGCCUCUCGAGACGUCAUUCAAAGAGGGGUUCAUGACGUGACUGUGGAUGCAGACAGCUGGGAUGACAGCAGCUCAGUUAGUAGUGGCCUCAGUGAUACUCUUGACAACCUCAGCACGGAUGAUUUGAAUACCACCUCAUCUGUCAGCUCUUAUUCCAAUAUAACAGCCUCUUCAAUGAAGAACACUCAUCUGAAGACAGACUCGGAGAAGCGCUCAGUUACGGACAGCGAAACUUGGGGCAGCACUGAAGAACUGAAGAAACCAGAGGAAGAUUUUGACAGCAGCGUAGACAGCAGUGGCAAGUGGAAAGGCCUUCCUUCGGGGCUGUCUGAAGAGUCAGAGAAGGGGGGACAGAAAGCAUCUCUCUCUGUUUCACAGACCGGAUCCUGGAGGAGAGGCAUGACUGCACAAGUAGGAACAACUCAGUCCAGGCACAAAGCAGGAACAAGUGCGCUCAAGACCCCGGGAAAAACAGAUGAUGCAAAAGCUUCAGAAAAAGUGAAAACUCCCCUGAAAGGAGCCUCCAUUCAGCGCUCUCCAUCAGAUGCAGGAAAAAGCAGCGGUGAUGAAGGAAAAAAGCCUCCCUCUGGCAUUGGAAGAUCAACUGCUACGGGGUCCUUUGGGUUCAAGAAGUCUGGGAUGGGAUCUUCUACCAUGAUCACCACAAGCGGAGCAACUAUCACAAGCGGGUCAGCGACUCUAGGAAAAAUGCCAAAAUCUUCAGCCAUCGGCGGGAAGUCCAACGCAGGGCGGAAAACGAGCUUAGACGGUUCCCAGAACCAGGAUGACGGCGUCCUGCACAUGAACUCGAAGACAACUCUGCAAUAUCGAAGUUUGCCUCGCCCGUCAAAAUCCAGUGGCAGCGGGAUCCCUGGCAGGGGUGGCCACCGCUCCAGCACCAGCAGCAUCGACUCCAAUGUCAGCAGCAAGUCUGCUGGUGCCGCUGCCACCAAACUGCGAGAGCCAAGCAAGAUCGGGUCCGGGAGGUCCAGCCCUGUCACCAUCAACCAGACGGACAAGGAAAAAGAGAAGGUGGCCGUGUCCGAUUCCGAAAGCGUCUCUCUGUCCAGUUCCCCCAAAUCCAGCCCAACUUCGGCGAGCGCCUCUGGCACACCAGGACUUAGGCAGCCGGGAUCCAAAUACCCAGAUAUCGCCUCACCCACCUUUCGAAGGUUGUUUGGUGCCAAGGCAAGUGGUAAAGCUGCCUCUGCACCCAGUACUGAAGGUGUGAAACCCACAUCGGCAAUGCCCAGCCCUAGUACCACAUUGGCACGGCAAGGCAGCCUGGAAUCGCCAUCCUCGGGCACAGGCAGCAUGGGCAGUGCAGGUGGGCAAAGUGGUAGCAGCAGCCCCCUCUUCAGUAAACCUUCGGACUUAAAUGCAGAUGUUGUAAGCUUAAGUCACUCCUUGGCUUCCAGUCCCGCCUCAGUGCACUCUUUCACAUCAGGUGGUCUUGUGUGGGCUGCAAACCUGAGCAGCUCUUCAGCGGGCAGUAAGGACACACCAAGUUACCAGUCCAUGACUAGCCUUCACACCAGUUCCGAGUCUAUUGACCUUCCUCUUAGCCAUCAUGGCUCUCUCUCUGGACUGACAACAAGCACUCAGGAGGUUCAGAGCCUGCUCAUGAGGACUGGAAGCGUCAGAUCUACUCUUUCGGAAAGCAUGCAGCUUGACAGAAAUACACUACCCAAAAAGGGAUUAAGAUAUACUCCAUCAUCCCGGCAGACGAGUCAGGAGGAAGGCAAGGAGUGGCUGCGCUCCCAUUCAACUGGAGGCCUCCAAGACACUGGCAGUCAGUCCCCGCUUGUUUCUCCUUCAGCUAUGUCUUCAUCUGCAACUGGAAAAUAUCACUUUUCCAACCUGGUGAGUCCAACCAACCUGUCUCAGUUUAACCUUCCUGGACCCAGUAUGAUGCGUUCAAACAGCAUCCCUGCACAAGAUACUUCUUUUGAUCUCUAUGAUGACUCCCAACUGUGUGGCAGUGCUACAUCCUUAGAAGAGAGACCACGAGCAAUUAGUCAUUCAGGUUCAUUCAGGGACAGCAUGGAAGAAGUACAUGGGUCCUCAUUAUCACUUGUCUCCAGCACAUCCUCUCUCUACUCUACGGCAGAAGAAAAGGCACAUUCAGAGCAAAUUCAGAAACUACGGAGAGAGCUGGUUGCAUCACAAGAGAAAGUUGCUACCCUUACAUCUCAGCUUUCAGCAAAUGCUCAUCUAGUAGCAGCUUUCGAAAAAAGCUUGGGAAAUAUGACCGGCCGAUUGCAAAGUCUAACAAUGACAGCUGAACAAAAGGAAUCUGAGCUUAUAGAGCUAAGGGAAACCAUUGAAAUGCUGAAAGCCCAGAAUUCUGCUGCACAAGCUGCUAUUCAAGGAGCCUUGAACGGUCCUGAUCAUACCCACAAAGAUUUACGUAUAAGGCGGCAACAUUCUUCAGAAAGUGUUUCCAGCAUCAACAGCGCUACAAGCCAUUCAAGCAUUGGCAGCGGUAAUGAUGCUGACUCCAAGAAAAAGAAAAAGAAAAACUGGGUGAACUCUAGAGGAAGUGAGCUAAGAAGCUCUUUCAAACAGGCCUUUGGAAAGAAGAAGUCCACCAAGCCUCCUUCCUCACAUUCGGACAUAGAAGAGCUGACAGACUCCUCUCUUCCUUCAUCACCCAAAUUGCCCCACAGCUCAGGAGAGUGUGGGGCAACAUCAAUGAAACCAUCACAGUCAGCAUCUGCGAUCUGUGAGUGCACAGAGGCAGAAGCUGAAAUUAUUCUUCAGCUAAAGAGCGAGCUGAGGGAGAAAGAGCUAAAAUUAACGGACAUUCGUCUUGAAGCCCUCAGCUCUGCACACCAUCUGGAUCAGAUUCGGGAAGCCAUGAACCGCAUGCAGAAUGAAAUUGAGAUAUUGAAAGCUGAAAAUGAUCGUUUAAAGGCAGAGACUGGAAAUACUGGAAAGCCUGCCCGGCCGUCAUCAGAGUCUUCAAGCAGCACAUCAUCUUCUUCGUCACGGCAGUCACUAGGACUUUCUCUGAACAAUUUAAACAUCACAGAAUCUGUUACAUCAGAUAUUUUGUUGGAUGAUGUCACUGAUGGAGCACUCCACAAAGAAGGUCAUAGCGUGAAAAUUUUAGUCACCAUAAACAAGGGCUAUAGUCGAGCCAAGGAUCAAAAAUCACAUGCAUAUCUGAUAGGAUCAAUUGGAGUCAGCGGAAAAACAAAAUGGGAUGUUUUAGAUGGUGUAAUCAGACGUCUCUUUAAGGAAUAUAUUUUCCGAGUGGAUCCGACUACUAGCCUGGGUUUAAGCUCUGACUGCAUUGCUAGCUAUUGUAUAGGGGAUGUAAUUAGAGCCCAUAGCCUAGAAGUGCCUGAACUGCUGCCUUGUGGAUAUCUGGUUGGAGAUAAUAACGUCAUCACUGUGAAUCUGAAAGGAGUGGAAGAAAACAGUUUGGACAGUUUUGUGUUUGACACAUUAAUUCCUAAGCCAAUUACCCAGCGGUACUUUAAUUUGCUGAUGGAGCAUCGCAGAAUUAUUCUGUCGGGACCCAGUGGCACAGGAAAGACCUAUUUAGCUAACAGGCUGGCUGAAUAUAUUAUAACUAAAUCUGGCAGAAAAAAACCUGAGGAUGCCAUUGCAACUUUUAACGUAGAUCACAAGUCAAGCAAGGAUCUGCGACAAUACCUAGCAAACCUAGCUGAGCAAUGCAGUGCUGACAACAAUGGUGCUGACCUCCCUGUGGUCAUAAUUCUUGAUAACCUCCACCACAUCAGUUCACUAAGUGACAUCUUCAAUGGUUUCCUCAACUGUAAAUAUAACAAAUGGUGGGUGCUGUGUGCUAAUCACACAGAGCCUGUUAAAGGUUUCUUGGGCAGAUAUCUGAGAAGGAAACUGAUUGAGACUGAAAUAGAAAGGAACAUACGCAAUAAUGAGCUCAUCAAAAUCAUUGACUGGAUCCCCAAAACAUGGCAUCAUCUCAACAGCUUCCUAGAAACGCACAGCUCUUCAGAUGUAACCAUUGGUCCCCGCCUCUUCCUCCCUUGCCCUAUGGAUGUUGACGGCUCCAGAGUGUGGUUCACAGACCUCUGGAACUAUUCCCUGGUGCCGUAUCUUCUGGAAGCUGUGAGAGAAGGACUUCAGAUGUACGGUAAGAGGGCACCCUGGGAGGAUCCCUCCAAGUGGGUAGCUGAUACCUAUCCAUGGAGCUCUGCAUCUCUACAGCAUGAGUGGCCAUCAUUACUUCAGUUAAGACCAGAAGAUGUUGGUUAUGAAGGUUAUGCAUCAGCAAAAGAAGGAACAACUUCAAAGCACGUUCCACAGACUGAUACAGAGGGGGAUCCCUUGAUGAACAUGCUAAUGAGGCUUCAAGAGGCAGCCAACUAUUCGAGCGCACAAAGCUGUGACAGUGAUAGCACCAGCCACCAUGACGACAUUUUGGAUUCAUCCCUUGAAUCAACCCUCUGAAAGGGACAAACCUUGGUGGAGGAUUAUGGUAAAAUCUGUUUCCACUAGACCACUGCCAGUAUUAAAGCAGCAAGCCGAGGUCCCCGAGUGAGAAUGGUGUGUUGUAGGUAGGCAGGAGACCUAACUCUGCAAAGUCAGGAAGAAAAAUUGAAGUGGAAAGCUUGAAUUAGUUUAAUUUCAAGGCAUUUCAAUACCUAUGGAGCCAAGUGAGACUCCAUUUGUCAACUGGAAAGGGCCCUAGACCGAGGGCAUCUAAGCAGAUUGCACACGUGUUAGCCAAACUGGAAUAUUUUUUUUCCUUUUUCCUCUUUCUCUCGCUCUCUGUCUCUCUCUCUCUGUCUCUGUUUCUCUGUACAAGUUUACAGUGCAACUUGUUUUGUUUUUUUCCUUUAGUUUACCCUGAGGCGCUGCAUGAACAAUGCGGUCUUCUAAUUCUCUUCUAACCUCUGUUGUGCCACAUGGUGCUGGUCACAGGACUGCAGUGGUGUUUGCGUUGUACGCUACUGCCCAUUCCAAAACGAGUCAAAGAUGAUGAUAGUAACUCAGAAAGCACAAACAGUAUUGUGUAAUCACCAGAAAACAUGACUGUGAUAUGCUGGAUAAGUGCCAAUUUAAUUCUAACUGCCAUGGUCACGGUGAUGCGUUCCAUCAAGUUUUUAGUACACAAGUCACAGAUUUUAUAAAGUUGUUUUUACCACAAAGGUCUUUUUUAACCACCUGCCCACUCCUUAACAACAGUUUUAUACCAAUUAUUAACCAACACUGAUUAAAGGCUUUUUAGGGCUUCAUUUGUUUGAGCCUUUUCAGUGAAAGAAGGAACAUUUCUUAUGGUGCUGUCUCACUGCCUUAAAACAGAUUUCUAGAACAGUUUUACAGUUGGUUUAAUUCCUAAACCAUUGGUAAUUUACACUGUUUUUUUCUUCAUUUACUAAUGAGAGAACGUCAGUUAACACAAUAGCCUCAUAUCUGUAUAUCAUGAUUUUUUAAAGAAAUGGAUAGGAGAAAGAACAGUUGCUAUAUAAUAUUUUUAUCUUGUGAAUAGAUUGCUCUGCCUACCCUCAGAAAUACACAAGGAACCCAAACCCACUUCCACUGCCACCUAAACGCUGAGAAAAUCAGCUCAAAUCCAUUUGGUCCCAUGGAAUGGAGUUUUUGGAGGAUAGAUGUUUUGAAUUCUUAUCCAGCAGAGCUGGAUGCACUUGAUGCAGCAUGAGCACAAAUAUAUGGGUUUUUUUUCCUUUUUCUAGUUUUAGCAUGUUGUUUUGAUUGCUAUUGUUGUACAUGAAGAAUUCAGCAUAAAAGAACACUGAAGCAGUGAUGUCCACUGUGGAAGAGGAAGAGUUUAUACUGUAAAAGUGGGUUGGUUUUGCACAGUCUACUGGGUGGGUAUUGUAAAUAUUGAAGAAAAAAAAAAAAAGAAAAAAAAAGCCUUGCACAAAUCAAAUUGAAAACAAACAAACAAACAAAAAAAAUUGUAUUUUAUUCUGUUGGUGUUAAGAGAUGUUUCACUUGCUGAGAUUUCCUGUACGUUGCAAACAAAUACAGAAUGCAAACCUUAAAGCUGUUAUUACCUGGUGUGUUUGUCCUGUACUUACAGUUGUUAUGACUAUGCAGGAACUAUCAAUGCUACAGUGAGCAUGUUUCAAUAUCUAUACAAAGCCAAUACAUUUUGGGGGGAAAAAAUCUGAAAAUGUUUUAGGUGCAUAUGUCACGGCAGGCUACAACCAGAUUGCAUUCAAACUGCUCAGAAUAAUCGGAAACGCUCUUUUACCACAAGAGGCGUCCGGUUAAAAUAGGUGCAUAUAAACAAGAAGGUAUCUAAGGGCUUUGGCAUUGUGUAGACAUGUACUGUACACCUCCAUGGAUGUUACCUUCAGGAUGUGUAUUUGGUGCUAUUAACUCUUUGUGGCCACCCUGUGGUCACUCGCUGUAAAACAAAGAUAAAUCAAUGCAGUUUCCAAAUGGCACUGAGCUGCAUCGCUGAAUCUAGAGGUUCCUACACGGUGCUAUCGCCCUAAUAAAACUCUAACUGAUUUUAUGCAUGUAGGAUUCAGUCAGACCAACAUCGUGCCCCCCAAAUCUGGAUCCAUUUCUGUUGCGAAACGUCAGCACGUACACCUUGACUGACUUGAAGAACUAAAGGAAAGCUGCUCUUUCCUGUACCUGUGCUCUGAGCAAACCUGCAAAUCUUUUCCUGCCAUAUUUAACACACAAACACACAAUAUCACAUAUACAAAACUUCCUGCAAUACAUCUCAGUGAGUCCACCUAGUUUACAACUCAGAAAUUGUUUGUGAAACAUUUGUCUGUACACAUUUUAUAUUUUGUACAUUUUUGAUGUAACAUAUCAUGUAAAUAGACAGAAACAGUGAAAUAAAUCAUCUGAAAAGUUUUGUAGUCUUUGUAAAGCCCUAAUAAUAAGUAUUUGGUGUCAUCGGACUUAACUGGAUGAUGUAUUUUCUAUUGGUUUAUUGUUCCUCUAGCUUGUAAACCAGCUUGCGUAUAUUUUUUUGCAGGUGUGCGCACUGUAUCUGUCUAAAUUAUUACUUUGCCAUUAAAGUGGAAUUAUUUAUUGAAAA